AAAAAAAACUUUUUCUUUGAUGCCUCACUGUUACGCAAUGUGGCCCGGCACAUGCCAGAGGUCGAGGAUCCAUGUUGCGAUCCAGCUAAUCCGAAAGAAUUAACCUAUCAUCAAAUCUCAGUUGCUCAUCAUAAAAUUAAGAUAAUAGUGCAUACAAGUUGUCGAUAUUCGCGAAGCCUUUCAAAGAUAAGUGGUUGUGAAGUCUUUAUAAAAAUGGAAAUUAAUCAGGAUACUGGCAGCUUUAAAGAAAGAGGUGGACGAUAUGCUUUAAUGAAUCUAACGGAUGACGAGAAGAACAACGGGGUCUAUGCAGCAUCGGCUGGCAACCAUGCUCAAGCGCUUGCACUUCAUGGAAAACAUCUAGGUGUCCCAGUGACUGUAGUGAUGCCUCGUCAUGCUCCUUUGAUGAAAAUCGCAAAAUGUCGAGAACUCGGAGCAAAUGUGCUUGUUGAGGGGAAAGAUGUAUCAGUUUCACGUGAAAUAGCUCUAAAACUUGCUAAGGAAAGAGGAGGAAAAUAUAUUAAUGGUUAUGAUCAUAUUGAUAUACUAGCCGGUGCUGGAACAGUAGCUGUCGAGAUCUUUGAUCAGGUUAACGAUGUCGAUGCGAUUCUGGUGCCAGCCGGUGGUGGUGGAUUAAUAGCUGGGGUUUGUGUAGCGACUAAAGCCUUAUCGCCGAGCACAAAAGUAAUUGGCCUGGUGUCUGAAAGUUGUCCAUCUUUGCUCAAAUCGUUGGAAGCUGGGAAGCCAGUGUUCACUAAAUGUCAUUCAACUUUAGCAGACGGCCUUGCUGUGCCACUAGUUGGAUGCAACGCGUUCCAUUCUUCUUUAGAUAGUGUUCAUACUGUAAUUCCCGUAAAAGAGAAAGAUAUAGCUGUAGGUAUAUUACGACUACUUGAAACGGAAAAGGUAGUCGCCGAAGGAGCAGGUGCGAUUGGACCGGCCGCGUUGAUAGCUGGAGGUCUCAAAGAACUAAUGGGUAAGAAAGUCGUCUGUAUCCUCUCUGGUGGUAACAUUGAUUCAACAGUUCUUGGAAGGUGCAUCGAAAAAGGGUUAGCUGUCGAUCAUCGACUAAUUCGUAUUGAUGUGAUUCUUUCCGACCGUCCUGGUGGAGUUUCCGAGUUUACACAGAUGAUUUCCAACAUGGAACUAGCUGAGAGACAGGCGGAACGAAGGACAAUAGCGCGUUCGUUCCCCACCGCAUAUCCCUGCGGUCCGGAGUUUUGCAAAUAUCAGCAUCAUCGAAGUUAUAUAUAUAUAUAUGCGUAA